UUUCAAACAAUCGUUCCGCGCAUGUUUAAGAGUCAAUUUUUUCUGUUUUUCUUCACGAUAGAAAGGGAUUGCAAGGGUUAAUUAUGCAGCAGUUGAGUCAACCAAUCAUUUCCUCUUUAUGGGUUUCACUGCAUGGUAGUUUUCAAAUAGGUCCGCUCUUCAUCUAUAAUAAGGCCUUGCAAAGCGAUCAGUAUUUCACAUUGAGAAGCGACUGAAGAAAAUCAGCAGGGAUGUCUGGAAGGGGAAAAGGAGGUAAAGGUCUCGGGAAAGGUGGCGCAAAACGACAUCGUAAGGUGCUUCGUGAUAACAUUCAGGGUAUCACUAAACCAGCUAUUCGCCGCCUCGCUCGUCGUGGUGGUGUGAAACGUAUAUCUGGUCUUAUCUACGAAGAAACCAGAGGAGUCCUCAAAGUGUUCUUGGAGAACGUCAUUCGCGAUGCAGUCACAUACACCGAGCACGCGAAACGAAAAACUGUUACGGCGAUGGACGUUGUGUAUGCCCUAAAACGUCAGGGGCGCACAUUGUAUGGUUUCGGAGGUUAGGUUGACCCGUAUCAAUAGUAAAUCAAAGGCUCUUUUAAGAGCCGCCCAUAAAAUCUGUGAAAGAGUGCAUUUCCAUUGAUGCAUGUUACUUGUUAGCUAGCAGAACUAU